CUGUCCUUACUGGCCAUGAGGGAGUGUGUAUAAAAGACACCGGGAGAGCGUGAAAGCCACUUAGCCGCAGACUCCUUGGGAAGAGUCCACCUCACGCUGAGGUCUCCAGGUUCUGGGAACAACUCAAGGUUCAUAGAUCAGUUCUCUCCGCCAUGAACCUCAGACCCAGGGCCACCUCCGCUCCUGUCUUACAGGUGUUGCUGCAGCUGUCACUGCUCCUGACUGUGAUGAUUCCCUCCACCACUGGAGAAAGAAAGAGAAACUUAGAGGAACCUGAAGUUUCUAUCCCAGCUGCAAGUGUGGAAGGUGAGCGCCAUGAUGAACUUCGCUGCAUGUGUUUAACGACCACCUCUGGCAUUCAUCCCAGAACCAUCCAAAAUUUGAAGGUGUUCAGGGCAGGACCCCAUUGCCCCAAUGUCGAAGUGAUAGCCACGCUGAAGAAUGGGAAGGAAAUCUGCCUGGAUCCAAAUGCUCCCAUGAUCAAGAAGAUAGUCCAGAAGUUUUUGGAAGGUGAUGAGUCAGCUGCUUAAUCUGUUCACUUUCUGUCAAAUCUUUUUAUCUCCCAAGAGGCGUAAGAGUUUGCAGCCUUACCUUUCUGCAGUUUUUCUUUAUCCAGGAUACCUAUUCAUGCUGUAAUAAAUUUGGACAUGUUUUCCAUUGUGUUUUAAAAAGUCGCAUUUUAUUCUGAGGAGGCUGGUUAAUAGAUGACAAAGAGAAGAUAAAAGUAAGCAAGGCUAGUUUCAAAAUAUAACAUAUAGUUUACUCCCUAACUCUUGGCUAAAUGUGGUACUGUGCUCAGCAGAUCUAUUAAGUGUUUUACAGGCAUGAAAUAAAUAAUUCUUAUGAGAUAGAAAUGACCUAAUUGAAAGCAUGUCCUGUAGAGAAAGAAGAACUGGGUAACUCAGCUUUACCACUUGCUAGCUGUUUAACUUUGGACAAACUCCGUAACUUCUCUGUUCCUAAUUUUCUUCACCUCUAAAAUGGGAUAAUACUAUUGGUUAUUUCAUAGAGUUGAUGUAAAAAUUAAAAGAAUGAAUAAAUUCAAAGAGUGAAAAUAAAGCA